AUGGUCAACACGUCGUUGACCACCAUCGAGCUCAAAGUACAGGUUGCGCUGAGCCUGCUCGACGGUGAUGCCCGCGCCUGGGCAACCCCCUACUUCGCCCAGCUCGUAUCGGUGCAGAUAGGUGUGCAAGGGGCUACGACCCCAUUCGCAAACGAAGCGGCCUUUGCCGCCGCCUUCAAGGCCCGCUUCGGAAAUCUCGACGACGAGGCGGCAGCACAAGUAGAGCUGGCGAAGCUCUGCGCGGACAAAUCGGUCCGUGAAAAACGCACUGCGGCGGAGUUCUCCGCGCUGUUCAAGGGUCCGGCGGACCGCUCUGGGUAUGGGGACCUGGAGCUACGCGACAAGUACCUGAGCGGCAUCCCCUCCCGCGUCUACCGCAAGAUCGAGCUCGAGACCUUCACCACGUGGCAAGACGCUGACAAGCGUGCCAAUGAGGUCGAGCAGAUCCUCGACAUCAGCCGGGCCCGUCGGCCCGAGCUAAAUAACUUCUUCUCGGCCCGAGCUUCGGCCAGCAUCAAUGCGGCCGUCGGAAAAGGCAACUUCCCCGGCACAUGCUUUGGCUGUGGGAAGCAAGGGUACCGACGUUUCGAGUGCCCCAAUUGUAAGGACAAGCCUUACACAAAACGCGCCGACGCGCGGGCUACGGUUGCCUCGGGCUCCACCCAGGCUGCGACAAGCGCCCCCGUCACGACAACACCCUCGGCAAGUAUAAGUGCCGCUUCAGCGAAAUCCGAGCAAUCGGAGCUGGCGGACUUAAUGGCACAGGUGAAGUCGAUGCGCGAGGAGCUCGAGCACUAUCGGGCGAUGAAGGAGGAGGGUUUUUGA